AUGAUUCUUGGGAAUCUUCCGAGGAUCGAGUAUGGAAAAGGAAAUAGGGACUAUUCUAGUAAUGUGACUUUCGAGAAAGUAUGGCAAAGAGACCAAAGAAAGGAGUGUGUUGUUGACCUUGGCAAGUUUGUGGUGAUGACUUACCUCUAUGAAAAGUUGAUUUCUACUAUACCAACCAGGAGUGUAGCUCACAAACGUGGCCAUGGUUUGGGGCUAGGGUCACAAGGUUUGAGCCUCGUUCAGGCUAAGGUCUAA